AUGUCUCACGGGCCGCCACCACCACCGCCGCCGCAGCCGCAGCCGCAGCCGCAGCCGCCGCACUCCGGCAACUUUUACGGCUAUGCGCCUUUCGCGUUGAAUGCUUUUCCAGAUGCGCAGAACCCUCAUUUUCCCGCUGGCGGACAUGAUAGCUUUGAUCUUAUGGCCUUCUUCGACGAUGGAGAUGUACCCAUGAACAUGGACGUGGGAGACGGCCGACAGGCCCUACCCUUGUCCGACUCAAUGCCCACCAAUGGAAGUGGCGACAUGUCCAUGGGCAACAGCCCCGACACCCCAGGUCCUUCCACGGCACGAUCGCAAGACAACUCUCUGAAGACAACUGCCGAGAACGCGCCUGGUGGAGGCCCCCUUCCUCCCGGAUCUUUCGCCCAGAUGAGCUUGAUAGGGAGUGGGGGCAUCGCAAACAGUUCCACCAGCACAGUGACCGAUUUUACGAAGAGGAGAAACUGGCCCGCCAAAGUAGUGGAAGAACUCAAGGACUUCCUACACAUACUCGAUGCCAACGGUCGAAUCAAGUAUGCUUCCAACAGCGUCCUCAGCAUUUCGGGCUACGCAGCCGAAGAAUUACAUGACGUCUUCUUAAAGGACCUCAUUCAUCCUGACGACCAGGGCGUUUUCGUUUCCGAGCUCAACGAAUCAAUAGCCUCUGGCAACCCCCUUCGGCUUUUCUACAGAUUCAGGGUCAAGGACGGCACCUAUGCGGUCUUCGAGACGGUCGGACAUGCCCACAUCGCAGCGGCGAGAUUUGCCCCAAACCCCAACAACCAGUCACCCUUCUGUCAGGCAGUCUUCAUGAUGUCAAGAUCUUACCCUACAAAGAACGCCGGACUUCUCGACUCAUUCUUGGAACACAAGAUGGAGAACGAGCGACUCCGACGGCGAAUCGCCGAGUUGCGGCGAGAAGAGGAGGUCGAGACGGAGGAAUCCAGCCGGCAGUGGAUGCAAAACCAAGAAGGCCGCUCGGAUCUAACGCCAUCCGAGGCUACAGGGGCGUCGUCGGCGGCGACACCGUUGUUUUUCCGAGGCAACACCUCGGCCGGUGAUUUGCAGGCAGAAAGGAGAAACUCGCUCUUGACCAGGGAGAACCUUGAAGGCACUGUGGCUCGACGAUCCGACUCGCUGGGCGACAAGAUGGCUCGCUACGAAGGGAACACGCAUGCGGACACGAUCGAGAUGCUGACGGGCCUGAGAUACUUGGAAGGGGAGCGCAGCAGGGGCAUCACCACCGGCGGUAGUAGCCCUACACUGAUCAAAGGCGACGCCGGCAUCGCCAUUCCCAUCGAUCGAGAUACGAGAGCGGGCGACAAGAAGAAGAAGUUGAAGAUGGCAGAGGAAUAUGUCUGCACAGAUUGCGGCACUCUCGACUCCCCCGAAUGGCGAAAGGGACCAAACGGACCCAAAACACUCUGCAACGCCUGCGGCCUUCGAUGGGCCAAGAAGGAGAAGAAACGCAACAUUACUUCACAAAGACCGACGACGCUGGUAGAUAAGACGAUGGGUUAG